AUGAAGGACACGGCUGGUCCGCUGCUUCGGUCCACUUGUUCUGAUCCGCAACGAGGAACGCACCACCUGUUCGGCAGCGAGGCAAUGGAACCGGAAUGCAUGGCAGAAUCCUGCUCGCACCCGCUACUUCAGUUAAACGGCAGUGACAUGGCGUCAGGGCAGAGCAAAACCGUGCGUGAGGGCUCUGACAAAGAGUGGGGCUCGAUGCUCCUCAUCGCUGAGCCCGGUCUGCCCGCAAUGAUCUCGCCACCGUGGAUCCUCGACUCAUUCGCGUUCGACCACAUCAACUCACUGUCAGAAGAGCAGAGGGAGUUUGGCUGGGAGACGUUCCGUCACUACUACUACAACUCGUACAAAGUACCCUGCGUCGCUACGUUCAUCAUAUGGAGCCUCUUUGCUGCUCUCGUCCUCGCUUGCAGCAUAAUGGCCAUGUUGGCGGCAAACAUCGUCCCUCUCGUCUCGUUCUACUCGCUUUACGUCGGUCACAACACCUACUUCAUCGGCCUCAAGGUCCCAGCGGUACGGUGGGGCAUCGUCGCCACUGUAAUGCUUUCAGGUCUCGUUAAUCUGUCGCUCAGAAGCUUUCGCAAGAGGCAUUACGAGGUUUUUGUCUUCACGCACAUCGCAAUGGCCUUGCUCAUGGUCGUCACCACCUACCUCCAUAUCAAGCUCCUCCAUCAAGGACGCCUUCGAUUGCAGGUCCUUGUCCUAGAGCUUUCGGCAGCUUUUUGGGCGUUCGAUCGAACGGUCCGUCUGGUGGGAAGGAUCUGUAUGUCCUUUUCGUGGAGAUACUGCGACGCUGCCGGGCCGAUGCGUAGAGCGGUGCUCACCUCUUACGGCGAAGGGGCGUACAUCGGCGUUCGGAUCGAGGUCCCAGCUUCCCGCCUGAGGUUGACAGACUCUGCCCGCUACUCCGCCCUUUCUUCACGUCCUCAUCCCGAGGAUUUGGAGAGGAGACAGCCUCGCAGACCUUUGGGCUCGCUCUGCAGCAGUUCAGCGUUUGAAGCAGCUAGGAUCGGUGCUGGAGACGAUAUCCGCAUCACGAUUCCCAGAUUGCAAUGGGUAGGCGAUCAUCCCUUUUCGGUGUUCGCCGUCGGGCUCUGCAAAUCCGGCGACCCUGGCAUGGGCUACAUUAACCUCGUCAUCCAACGUCAGGCUGGCGUUACUCGGAAGCUGUCCGAGCUUGCCCAGGACGAGUUGCCUUGGUCAGGUUCGGAGGAUCGGGGGCCGAAAGACCCAUACUUGCAAGACGCGGUACGCUCGAUGCCGAAGCAAGUCAAGGUGUUGAUCGAUGGACCGUUUGGCCGAAGUCCAUCUUUGAAAGGAGCGCGCCACGCCGUGCUGGUCGCUGGAGGCAUCGCUGUCACAUUCUGCUACCCCCUGUUUGCUAAGGCAGCUCGAGGCGAGUACCGCAGCUUGGAAACGUGCAAGUUGGUUUGGAUCGUGCGCAACGAGACCAUCCUCGAUGUGCUAAGGGCCGACCUUGCCGAACUCGUGCAAGAGGCUAGAAGGAGAGGAGGCAGCUUUUGCCAGCUUUCCAUCGACAUCUAUCUUACUGCGCCGCGCAAGGAUCAUUCGGAGCGUUCAACAAAGGUGGGUGCCGUUGAACGCAAGCUCAGGCUUCCGUCAAGACUGAAACCUACGUGGGAGGGAUUGCCGUCUUACUCGCUUCUCGAUUCGGCUUCAUCUUCAGCCACCCUCGCCUACCGAGAAGAUGCUAGGACACCUGGGUCUGGGAAGCUUUCCAGUGGCGGGUCGCCGUGCUGGAGAGGGUUGAGGUACGAGGCGAGUAACGAGAUGGACACCGUGCCGACGCUCUCGGAGCAGCAGUUGUCGAUACCGGCCUACUUGCAAGACGGUGUCUAUCGCCACACGAGUGGGAGCAGCACCCCGUUUUCGAGCAUCAGUACGCUUUCCGCCUUUGAUCCGAGCUUCUCUCCGAUCUCGUCGCAAGUCAACUUUCAGAGUCCGCGACCUAAUUUGCACCGAGGGCCACACGGGUGCGACGGCGAUCGUCUGCCCUCGCCGUCCAUCCGAAAAUUCGCUCAUGCUCAGCAAGAAGAUGCAGGGAAGGUGCUUUUCAGCUAUCAUACGAACGGUGAUGCCAAGGCUUACGCGGGGUCGAGAGUAGGCUCGCGGUACACGGGCUGCCGGAGCGCUUCAUGCAUGUCCAGCACGUUGGUGCCUGAUUUGCCGCUCGAUCCACCGGUAAGGUACCUCGGAAUCGGAGCAGAGGUGCAAGACCGGUGGAAAGCGGACCAGGACGUCUUGGCCGAGAACCGAGGCGGGCUGGUCGAAGUUCGGCGACUCGAGGGCCGACCGGGAAUGGCGGCGGUGCACGGGCAUCUCCACAUGGGGUCCGGUUCAUCAAAAGUCUGGACCAUUGCCGAAACCAAGUGGAGCCAGACCCUGGACCAGCUGACAGGGUUCAAAGCGUUGAUCACCAAGGAACGCAACCUGAUGCACGCUGCGCUAUCUGAUCCGAACGCGAGCGGCUGCAGCCCUGCCGAGUCUCGGUACAUCUUGAGCCUGGGUUCGUUCUGCCUUGUCCUCUUCGAUCCGUACGGUCGCCCGAUUCUGUCCGAAGAGGGUCCAGACGCUGCGCAGCGCAGCGCGAGGCCCUCGGCUGCAUCUAAUCUGAUCUUCUGGUUCGGGUACAACCUGAAGGCCUCAGCACCUUUGCAAAAGUUGCAAGAGAUGUCGCAACCCGCUCAACCUGGUGAAGUAGCCGCGGCCCCGGACACGGUCCGAGCUGCCGACAUUGAACCCACCCGCUCCACCUCGUCUCUCUCGCCGCCGUCCGAGAAGGACGCGCAAUCAAGCGAGCAUGUCGCUGCGGCCACCAUCCUUCCUCAUCUCCCUGCCAACGUCCAUGACCAAGAUGGCAUUCUGGACGCUCAGGCCGGUGCCGUCGGAGCGACCUGGAAGCAUCGCGUUCCAGCUCUGCUUAUGAUCAUCUUUUUCACGCUCGGAAACAAUUUUGCUCAGUCGUCCCUCUCGCCGCUCAAGUCGACCCUCAAGAAGAAAGUCCCCGGGGUCAACAACGCCCGUUACGGCGCGAUCGCUUCAGCCGAACAGCUGGUCAACGGCGUACUUCCGCUCUUCUCGGGCAUCAUGAUCGACUACUACGGUCCCAGUAUCACCUCGCUCCUCUCCAGCACCGCCAUCCUCGUCGGGAGCAUCGUUCGAGCCGUCGGCGGUCAUCGCAGCAGCUUCGCAACCAUCCUGGCUGGCCAGAUCAUCUUCGGUUUUGGCAGCACAACCAUCGAGACGAGUCAGUCCAAGCUCUACACCCACUGGUGCCGAGGCAACCAGCUCAUCGACAACGAGCCGGAAGCCGAAGAUGCGCAGGCCGAGCCCAAGCCGGAAACGGCUUCGAAGAAGAGCAGCAAGUGGUACACCUCCUUCUCCAGUGCCGGCUGGCUCGGAUUCGUCUAUGGAUUGGACAUCGCCAUGGGCCGUGUCUUCAACGUCAUGGGGAAGAUGAGCUCCAUCCCAGUGGGAGAAGCGACGGGCAAGUGGUACUGGUCCUUCUGGCUUUCGGCCAUCUUGUGCGCUGUCACCCUCGUGCUCAACGCCGUCUACGUGAUGUACGAACGCUCGCUGCCAAGACAAAUGCGCGUUGUUACCGGUCGCCAGCUUGCGGCACAGGAAGCUUCGCGUUCGGCUUCAAAUUCCCUUGCUGCCUCCAACAACAACUCAGCCUCCAGCCUCACCAAAGACACGCCGUCCAAGGAGAGCAAACCAUACGUGAAGCCGCGUACCCUUCGACCGUUCUCCCACCGCCACUGGAAGCUGCUCACACUGAGCCUUGGCACGAUCCCUGCCUCCUUCUGGCUCAUCACCAUGACCCAAGUUCUGCAGUCCGGCGCAGUCAACGCUUACAAUGCCAAUCUCGCCGAGGUGGUUGAGCUGACGCGUGGCAAGUCCAAGCUCAUGGCUGGCUAUGCUUCCUCGGUGGGCCAGGUUCCGCCCAUCGUCCUGACGCCGCUGCUUGGCCUCAUGUUCGACCUCUUUGGACGACGCAUGUACUAUGUGUCGGGCUGCGCCGCUCUGUGGGUGCUCGUAUUUGUCCUGCUUGUUUUCUCGGACGUCAACGCCUACGUCCCCGUCGUGCUCGGUAGCGUCGCUCUUUCGUUCAACGCGCUUCCCUUUAUCGCAAGUAUUCCGCUGCUCGUCCCGAACCAGGCCUCGAUCGGCACGGCGUUUGGAAUCUGGAAGUGCUUCAACUCGGCGGGUUCCGUCACCAUGGACGUCUCUUUCGGCGCGAUUCAAGACCUGACCCCGCGAGGACGCAACCAGUUCAACAACGCAUUCGCCUUCCUCAUCGCACUCAAGUCCAUCGACGUCAUCUAUGGCCUUGUCUACCACGCGAUCGACAAAAAGUACUUUGGCGGCGUGCUCAAACUCAACGAGAAGCAGCUCCAGCGCAAGAUGCACAACGACGACGAAGAGGCAAGGAAGGAGGCGCUUCGAAAGCCCAUCGCCAAGUGGACCGCAGCUGGCUGCUUGCUUCUCGUUGCGUUCGUGACGACCAGCUACGUUCUGUACAUCACCUACUCCAUUGGCACGUAA